AUGGGUGUGCUGCGUGACGAUCCGGAGAUCACGAACGCGGCGUUGGUGCCAGACGGCGCUAUGAACUCGGCUUGCUAUCAGACCACCACCACUGCCGCUGCCAAUAACUCUACUACUUCCUAUCUGCCUACGCCGCCGCCAGAGACGGAACCUGUGAAGCCCGGAUUGGCCGCCGCGAUGCCGACGAUCGAAUGGAGCUGGGAGGUCGAGCACGAGGACCGGAGGCGAGAGAACAAGGCCGACGCCGCGGUGCACGGCGCGCAGCCCUUCCUGGUCGACCGGAGGCUGCUCAAGGACGUUGUGCGGGAGAAGCUUGAGUGCGAGGUGGGGAGGAUCCAGUUCCUGAGCUCUGGAACGUUCCACAAGGCUUAUCUCGUCACGCUCACGGACGGUCGCGAGGUCAUCGCUCGCGUAGCCCGCCGCUUCAUGCCCAGACUCAAGACUGAGUCCGAGGUCGCCACAAUGGCUUACCUCCGCGCGCACACAAAGAUCCCGGUCCCGACCGUCUUCUUCUAUGACGCGAACCCGUACAACAGGCUCGGUGGCGAGUACAUCAUCAUGUCCAAAGCCAAAGGCGCGCCCUUAUCGAGCGUCUAUCAGAACCUAUCACACCACCAGCUGACCGGCCUUCUCGACAACCUUGCCGGACUCGUGGUCCCGCUCUUCGCACAUAGGUUCCCCAGCAUCGGUUCUCUCUACUUCGGCUCGGACGCUUCCGAGCCACCGCCGACGCCAUCAGCCUUCGCGCCUACCAUUCCCACGCCGACAUUGCCAUCUACCUCCUUUAGGCCAUUCACCCCGUCGUCCAACCCGUCCUCGCACAGCGGCACUCCACAGCGCAGCAACAGCUCGUACUUCCACGGUCAGCAACAAUCUGCGCAAGCGUUUCACGUCGGCCAGAUCAUCUCGUGGCCCUUCUUCGGUUCCAACCGAGGUGAUCUGCGCCACCCAGUCGAGAUUGAUCGUGGGCCGUGGACGAGCACGGAAGCGUACUUCAUGGCGUGUGCAAGACGCGAGGAACAGGGCGUACUUCGGGAGAACGAGGGCACGGCCGCACCACAUCGACUACACCUCGACCCCGACGAGAUCUUCUCAUCCAGGCAUCGGCAUACGAACGCUGUCCCGGAAGAUAAGAGCGAUGACAGCGACGAAUGGGAUCGCGAUGACAGUGACGACGAUAUCACCGACUGGCCGGGCGACACGAUGUACCGCGACUACCGUCGAGCACAGCGUACUGCGUUCCUCAUCAGUACGCUCUCGCAGCGCGAGCAACGUGUGAGGGAGGAGAUGGCGCGUUUCAUACGCGUCAUGCACGCGCUGGGUGCGGGCAACUCGGAUCCGGGUGGUGGUCCUGAGGAGUUUGGGAUCGACUGCCACGAUCUGAGUUUGGAGAACAUCUUCGUCGAUCCGGAGAAUCCGUCGAAGAUCACGUGCAUCAUCGACUGGGAGUCUACGACUAUUCGUCCACUAUGGCAAUGCGCCCAUCUACCCGCCUUCCUUCAAUCCUCACCCUUCACCGCCCGUCUCUUCCGCACAGCAGUCCAAAAGCUCGCUGGACCUUCCACACCCCGACACCCUCCACGCAUUCCGGGGCUGGCCAUGUCUUCCUCUGCCGCAUCCGCGAUCGGCCAUCAUCAUCACCACCAUCCGAAGGACAAAUCAGCCCUCGCGGCGGAGUGGUUGCACUGGGAAGCAGCGGGCGCGUUCAUGCGUAGCGCGCAUCGGUGCAUCGAGUGGGACGGAUGGGAAGAAGGGCUGGUGGAGAGUAUCAUUGGGCCUGAGGAGGCGGAGGAGGAGUGGUUGCGUACGGCCCACGCUGAGACGGAACGGGCGUUACAUGGCGCACCGUCGACGCUAUCGAGCGGCUCGAACAGCAUACCUGCAAGCGGACCCGCUAGUGCACCAAUGCAGCGCUCGAAGCUCUCACGACCCGUCAUUGCCAAAGCCAAGGACGUGAACGGCUCAUCUCCUUCGUCCGAUGAAGAGGCUUUGGGUCCGGCUGGGAUCUUGAAGCAGGUGCCGGGCAUUGUGAGGCGGAAGAGCAAGAAGCGGACGUUGCAUGCUACGACCGCGGAGAAGGAGAGGGAGAAGGGGCUCGCUGGAGGAGGCGAUGACGUUGAACUUGGAAGACGACUAGAGGCACUCCUGACAUUGCACGGCAAUGGUGACGGGAGUGUGAGGAGGAAGACGGUUUGGGAAGCCGAGCACGAGGAGGAGUAUGAGGCAAGUGCUGAGUAA